AUUUGAAGCGUUCCAGCAGUGUUCAGAUGGAAUAUACAGGAGGGCAGCUUGUGAAGGUUGAUGCUGUUGCACAACACCUGGCAGAGUUCACUUUCCACUGGUUGAAUGACCAGUUGAACAAACAGAUGAGCGGACAUGGUUCCACUCUUCACUCCACAGAUAAAAACAGAAUUCACAUGUGACUUGAAGGCGCAGCCUCAGAUAGUAACUCAUCCUCUCAGUAUUUAAGGUUCCGGCAUCAGCUGAUGCAAAGAUGUCAUCUGUAUAAGAGGCUGUCUGCAUCAGAGUGAAGAAGAUUCCCCAUCGCCUUCGUGAAUAAGUAAAGUCAAAGGAUUUGUAUUAAGACACUGAGAAUGUCAGCUGGACAGGCCUUCGUCACUCUGGCCACCACAGACUCGUACUGCAUGGGCGCUACAGUGGUCGGCAAAAGUUUAAGGCGUCACGGGACUACUCGCAGCAUCGCCGUCAUGGUCAGCCCGAACGUCUCAGAACAGUCAAGGCUUGCCCUUGAGAAUGUGUUUGAUGAGGUCAUCAUGGUGGAUGUGAUGGACAGUGAGGACCGUCUCCACCUGUCCUUGCUGGGACGUCCCGAGCUCGGCGUCACCUUCACUAAGAUCCACUGCUGGACUCUGACCCAGUACAGCAAAUGUGUCUUUCUGGAUGCUGACACACUUGUCCUGUGUAACGUGGAUGAACUGUUUGAGAGAGAUGAGCUGUCAGCAGCCCCUGAUCCCGGCUGGCCUGACUGUUUCAACUCCGGCGUGUUUGUCUUCAGACCUUCUCUCCGCACCCACGCCAGCAUCCUGGAUCACGCCCUGCAGCACGGCAGCUUUGAUGGAGGGGACCAGGGCUUGUUGAACAGCUUCUUCAGCAGCUGGCCGUUGGAAGACAUCAGUAAACAUCUGCCGUUUGUCUACAACCUGAGCAGCAGCUCCUUCUACAGCUACCUCCCUGCUUUCCAACAGUUUGGCCGCAAUGCAAAGAUCGUCCAUUUCUUAGGAGCGAUGAAACCCUGGAGCUCCGGCAGUCAGAAGGGUGACAGCCACUCACACAUCAUGGAACAGUUUGUAUCUCUGUGGUGGAAAGAAUACCUCAGUCACUCAACAUCGUCCUCUCCACUAGGGGAACAGUUCAGUCAAGACUCUGAGAAACCGCAGCAGAUCCAAGAACGAGAAGCCAAGAUGCCAUUUAGAGAAACAUUGGAUGGCUCCAGUUCACUGCUGCCACAUUUUUCAACCCCUUCUGAGAGGCUUCAUUCACCGUCUGAACCGGAGACGUGUUCCCACACAGAUACCACACCCUUGGAGGAAGAGUCAAGAACACCUGAGGAGACAGAGAUCCAGGACACACCUUUAGGAGCAGAGGGGGUGGAGGUCAGCGGUGAAGCCUCAGACACUGGAACACACCCUCAGAAGGCCGCAGACACGGAGACGGAGCGUCUGGAGCAUCGCAGGCUGUGGGAGGCCGGGCAGGUUGACUACAUGGGCAGAGAUGCCUUCGACAACAUCCAGAGGAUGCUGGACCGCUUCCUGGAUUUAUAAAUCCCACACAGGACUCUGCAACCCCAAACCGACCUCUGCCCUUUAGCUCAGUUUCAUUUCCUCUGAGGUAGAGUUUAGUCUGCACCCAGUGAAUAGCUGGACUGAUUUUCUAGACUGUCAUGUCUUGAUUUGACUGAUUUAUGUAUUUCAAAGGCAGAGUUUCAAAGACUUCUGGCACAAAGUGGUAGUAGUACAAUGAUAGGACUGAGAGCGGUGUAUAUUCAGUCACCCACAUGGGGACUAUGAGACUGACCUGGGGACUGAAACAUAUGGACUGAACCACUUUUAACCAGAAUUGUUUGGUUUUUUGUGUACUGUUGAAAAUGUCUUGGUGGAUGUCAGUAAACAUGAUUCUACAGAACUGUGCUUUUCUUUUUGUCGAGAGGAAUUUCAGUUGUGCCAUAUAAAGUUAACAGCAGCUAAUGGCUAACUUAAAGGAUAAAGGCUAAUGUUAUUCUGGAUUUAUUUUUUUUGUUAAUAAAUACCAUGUGAAGACCCAAACCAACAAAACAAACCAUGUCUGUGGCUCCAAGCUCCAAGCCCAUUGUUCCCUAAUGAAGACAUAAAUCUUUAGA